UUUGAGUUGGAGUGGUAUACUCCUCUCCAUUUUAUGUGUUCUGCUCUUCAUCUUCUUCUCUUGAAAUUCUCUCCAUUUUCUUUGAUAAAAAAUCUGAACAUGUAAGCCUCUCUCUGCUGGUCAUCUUAAAUCUGUUGGCACCAAAAAGAAAAGUUCAAAGUGGCCGGGGGAAAUGGAUCAUUGGGUUGAUUUGGUUCGUGUAUUUUCUCGCAAACUAGGUUGCUACAUCUAGCAUGGGACUCAUCUUACACAGCAACAGUCCCAAGUCAAGCUGCCCUCCUAUUGACAUCAUUGCCUUUUGGACACCCUUUCUCUUAGUGCACCUUGGUCGUUCCGACGCCAUUACCUCUUAUUCUCAACAGGAUAAUACAUUGUGGCAAAGGCACUUUCUUGCGUUCUUGUCGCAGGAAAAAAAUUGGGUGCCUGUCCGCGGGAAAACUGGACUAGUCAUUCCAAAACAGUUCCAUGGCAUGGAGAACCACAAAUCAAUAUCAGGAACUGCAGUUCUACUCUUCAGCAAUUUAAAGGGGAUACUUGUUGGCCCUCUUCCAAAGGAAAAAGAACUAAAGCGAAUCAUAGAAAGGAUCAUGUUGCGAAGGAGUGAUGGAGAAGUGCUUCGGAUUUUUGAGAUUGAGCUAAGCCUUUUGUAUGAGGUUCUUCACACCAAGUUGCCCCUGUUAGACAGCAAGACUGGAUCCUAUUUCCGUAUGGCAAAUUUUGGUUGCAUCUUGGUUGCCUUGAUUUCGUUCUCAUUGGUUAAGAAGCACUACAACUUAGAUUGGUUUGCAAUUUCUCACAUCCAAGAUGGAUCUCAACUUAUCAACAAUUGUGAGUUGCCUGAUGCACCUAUCAAAAGGCGCAGGUACUGCUACAAAAACAAAGAGGAGAAAGAAGUUUGGUUGUCAGAAGAAGAAUUUGAAAAACUUCUUGAGCCAGUCAUGAAUCAGAAGCAGCAGGAGUUGAUCAAGAAUUUAAAUUGGAAAGUUGGAUUACACACAAACUCUCCUGAUUAUAUGUUUUACCUUGUAGAGAUGCAGCCCACCAUGAUGGCCGGUGUAUUGGACAAUUGGAAAGAUGAGUUUAAAAGAACAUCUAAAGAGACCAGGUCAAUGGUACCCUUGAAGUUUUUCUCAAAUGAGAGGAGUUUUGCUAAAAAGAUCUUGUUCGCGUCCCAGGAAGUAAAAGUAAAAAUAGAAGAAGAAGAUGAUGAUGAAGAAAUGAAGUUAUUAUCUGAAGCAGUUGAGGUUGCCGGUGGGCUCGAACGGGAGGAUGGUUAUCCAUGGGAGGGAAUGGGCAAAGUUUGGGUACAAUUGAUGUGCUAUGCUGCUAUUAAAUGCAGGCCGAAUGUCCAUGCAGAUCAACUAAGCAAGGGUGGAGAACUUCUCACGUUCGUUGGUUGUUGAUGAGUCAUUUUGGUUUUGGAACUAAAUAGAGAAAGUUGAGAGAAUAGUUCAAAAAAGAACCUGAAAGAAGACGGGGAAGAAUAAGGAUAAUUUAUGUAUGUUUUCGACUUAUAUCUGGAAUUGGGUUCUCUAUUGUCUUAAAUUGUUUAUUGUAUUAUGUUAAAGUAAUUUUGUACUAAAUUUUUGUAUUUAAA